ACUCGGUCAGUAGCUUCUCAGUGGCGGUCCGUGCCUGCCGAGAGCGCAAUGUGAAAUUAGUCAGCACCGCGCACGCCGGCCCCACACUCCACGCUCGCUCCACCUCCUCCGAUUGCCGCCCAGCCGGACCCCAGAAAGCGACUUCUCUCCCGAACCAUGGCCGGAAGCCAGGACUACGAUCGCCAGUACCUGCGCAGCAUGUCCGGCCUCUGCAAGGUGGCCUGUCUGCUGUGCAGCUUCGUCGGCUUCCUCUGCAUUGCCUGCGGACCGGUGCGGAUCAGCAACUUCCGCGGCAGCUUCUACCUGGUCGUCGUGUCGCUCGGAUUCGUAGCCACUUUGGUGCUGCUCCUCGCCCGGUACCUGCGCCUCUGGGAGCGCCAGUGCCGGCGGUGCGACCCGGUGCUCUGGUCCCUCGCCGUCCACUCCUCCCUGGCCCUGGGCUACUUCACGGCCUCCGGCCUGGUGCUGUCCCUGGACAUCGGGGCGUACACAGUGGGAGCGUUCUUCGGCCUGACCGUCUUCAGCCUCAACGGGCUGGAAGCCUACGCCAACUACCGACGCAGCCGCCAGAGGGACGUGGCCACCCAGACCAUAUAGCCGCCGCCCGACCGCCUCCCUCCAGGUGUGCAGCAGAGUCACAGUUAUGUUUGCGAGUGAGCGAGUGUGCGUGCGUGAGUGCGAGUAUCUGGGAGAGUGCGAGUAUCUGAUAGAGCGCGCUCCGGUCCAGUCAAGUGUGAAGCUAUGAAGAACGCAGCCCGAUGUUAUCUAAUUGUGCACAGUACUAUCCGGCGUAGUGGGUCAAGAGUUGAGGAGGAGAAGCUCGGAGAAGAAGACCAGCGGCAGAGGCAGAGGCAGAAGCCCAACAGCUCCAGAAGAUAAAAGCCAGUGGAGAAGCGGAGAGAAGCACUAGACGGAGAACGCUAGCAAAUGCCAAAGAGAUAAAUCUUAUUGUUCUGUUCCUCGGAUUCGGGCUCUCCCUCUCCUUCCUCCGAUAGCUGGUUAACAAAGCGUUAGUAUCUGAGAAUAUAUAUCUUUUUUUAGACUGUCUCUUGAGUAGUUUUCUAAGCGUGUCACUAAACAUUGUAAAUAAAAAAUAAAAAAUAAAAUAUAUAAUUUUAAUAAAAACUCA